CCGAGGAGGGGUUUGCGCCCGGCUCGCUUUAAAAGAGCAAACCCAAGGCUGCAGCGCGCCACUUCCCAAAUUUGGGCUCUCCUCGGCCAGCUGGGGGUCGGAGAAGUCUGCGCGGGUCCCUUGGCUCGGGAAAGGGGCGCCGCAGCGACGGGCGCGGAGAGGGGCCAGAGCCCAGUCCCGGCCCGGCCACAGCGGACCCUGCGACCAAGUUUCUGCUGCUUCCAGCCCAGCUCCGGCUCCGGCUCUGACAGACCCAGAACUCUUCCAGGGACGCUGCAGCCACAGGUUGGGAAUGGAGAAGCCUCUGAGCUGUUUAGCUGUGCUCGUCCUGCUGCCGUCCCUGCGCCUGGCACAGUAUGACAGCUGGCCCUACCAGCUCCAGUACCCCGAGUACUUCCAGCAGCCAGCCCCCGAGUACCACCAGCCCCAGGUGCCCUCAGACGUGGUCAAGAUCCAGCUGCGCCUGGCAGGCCAGAAGAGAAAGCACAACGAGGGCCGCGUGGAGGUCUACUACGACGGCCAAUGGGGCACCGUGUGUGAUGAUGACUUCUCCAUCCACGCAGCCCACGUUGUCUGCCGGGAGCUGGGAUACGUGGAGGCCAGGUCCUGGGCCGCCAGCUCAUCCUAUGGCAAAGGAGAAGGGCCCAUCUGGUUGGACAACGUCUACUGCACGGGCGGCGAGGCCACCCUGGCAGCCUGUACCUCCAACGGCUGGGGCGUCACUGACUGCAAGCACACGGAAGAUGUCGGUGUGGUGUGCAGUGAGAAGAGGAUUCCUGGGUUCAGAUUUGACAACUCGUUGAUCAACCAGAUAGAGAACCUGAAUAUCCAGGUGGAGGACAUCAGGAUCCGCCCCGUGCUGUCGGCCUUCCGACAUCGCACCCCGGUGACCGAGGGCUACGUGGAGGUGAAGGUGGGCAGGUCCUGGAAGCAGAUCUGCGACAAGCACUGGACAGCCAAGAAUUCCCAUGUGGUCUGUGGCAUGUUCGGCUUCCCUGGGGAGAAGACAUACAACACCAAGGCUUACAAAAUGCUGGCCACACGGAGGAAGAAACGCUACUGGCCAUACUCCAUGAACUGCACAGGUACAGAGGCCCACAUCUCCAGCUGCAAUCUGGGUCCCCAAGUGUCACAGGACCCCGUGAAGAACAUCACCUGUGAGAACGGCCUGCCAGUGGUGGUCAGCUGUGUGCCUGGCCAGGUCUUCAGCGCCGAUGGGCCCUCAAGAUUUCGGAAAGCCUACAAACCUGAGCAACCCCUGGUGCGGCUCAGAGGCGGUGCCCAAGUUGGUGAGGGCCGUGUGGAGGUACUCAAGAAUGGAGAAUGGGGGACCGUGUGUGAUGACAAUUGGGACCUGGUGUCAGCCAGCGUGGUCUGCAGAGAGCUGGGCUUCGGAACAGCCAAAGAGGCUGUCACCGGCUCCCGACUGGGGCAAGGGAUCGGACCCAUCCACCUCAAUGAGGUCCGGUGCACAGGGGCGGAGAAGUCCAUCAUUGAGUGCAAACUGAACACAGAGUCACAGGGCUGCAACCAUGAGGAGGAUGCGGGUGUGCGCUGCAACAUCCCCACCAUGGGCUUCCAGAAGAAGGUGCGCCUGAGUGGUGGCCGCAAUCCCUACGAGGGCCGAGUGGAGGUGUUGACAGAGAGGAACGGGUCCUUGGUGUGGGGGACAGUGUGCGGUCAGAACUGGGGCAUCGUGGAAGCCAUGGUGGUCUGUCGGCAGCUGGGCUUGGGGUUCGCCAGCAACGCUUUCCAGGAGACCUGGUACUGGCAUGGAAAUGAUGGCAACAGAGUGGUCAUGAGUGGGGUGAAGUGCUCAGGAACAGAGCUGUCCCUGGCACACUGCCGCCACGACGAGGACGUGUUCUGCCCCCAGGGUGCAGUGCAGUUUGGGGCCGGAGUCGCCUGCUCAGAAACGGCCCCCGACCUGGUGCUCAACGCGGAGCUGGUGAAGGAGACCACCUACCUGGAGGAGCGGCCGAUGUCCAUGCUACUGUGUGCCCGGGAGGAGAACUGCCUCUCAGCCUCCGCUGCACUUGUGCAGAGCGACGAGGAGCUGGUCCGCCACUACCGCCGCCUGCUGCGCUUCUCCUCCCAGAUCCACAACAACGGCCAGUCCGACUUCCGCCCCAAGAACGGCCGCCACGCGUGGAUCUGGCACGACUGUCACAGACACUACCACAGCAUGGAGGUUUUCACCCACUAUGACCUGCUGAACCUCAAUGGCACCAAGGUGGCCGAGGGCCACAAGGCCAGCUUCUGCUUGGAGGACACAGAAUGCGAAGGAGAUAUCCAGAAAAGUUACGAGUGUGCCAACUUUGGGGAGCAGGGCAUCACCAUGGGCUGCUGGGACAUCUACCGUCAUGACAUCGACUGCCAGUGGAUUGACAUCACCGACGUGCCCCCUGGAGAAUACCUGUUCCAGGUUGUCAUUAACCCCAACUAUGAGGUCCCAGAGUCAGAUUUCUCCAACAACAUCAUGAAGUGCAGGUGUCGCUAUGACGGUCACCGCAUCUGGAUGUACAACUGCCACAUAGGCGGCUCACUGAGUGAGGAGACAGAACAGAAGUUUGAGCAGUUCAGUGGACUCUUAAAUAAUCAGCUCUCCACGCAGUAAGGACGCCUCGGGGUCACCUCCUGUCUUCGGGUCAACCCGCAUCUCCCCGGGGGCCAUCCAGACUCAACUCAGGAGGAGGUGCGCCCUCAUCACCAGGUGCUGUGGCCUGGGCUGGCCUCGGAGGCUGGGCUUGGCUACGGGGCUGUGGGAGCAGUGCCGGGAGUUAACUUGCCAGCAUCUGGAGUGACACGCAGGCUGCCAUCGGCUUGCGCCAGCUGAGCCAUGGUCCACCCUCCACACGACGCCCCUAGACUACACGGUUCAUAUGGGGUGGAUUCCCUCUGCGGCGAAACACAGCACAUGGGAGCUACGUGCCCCGGGGGAGGCCAGGGUGACCCCCAGCAGACUUGAACACAGACUUCUCCUCCCAGCCUGCCAACUGGCUCUGUUCAGUCCUAAGUACAGUAGUCCACCCCAUCCACAGGGAUCCAUUCUACAGACCCCAGUGGACGCCACACACCAGUGCCAACCCUACAUAUACUUUUUCCUACACAUACCUAGGAUAAAAUUUUAUUUAGGCACAGUAAGAGGUUAGAAAAAAUAGCAAAUAAAGCAACUAUACCAAUAUACUGUAAUAAAAGCUGCAUGAAUGUGGUCCCUCUCCCCAAGUAGCUUACCGUGCUUUUGCCUCACUCACAGGAAGCACUUUCUGCCUUCUCUUGGCAUUGCCAGGGACGGGACUCUCACCCUUGGGCCAUUGUUCAAUAAAAUAAGUUUUACUUCAACAGGGGCCCUGAGAGUCCGCAACAGUGGGUCUGAUAAGAGAUGACGCUGGGUGGCUAACGUACACAGCGUGGAUGCGCUGGGCAGAGGGGCGAGGCGCGUCCCAGGCGUGAGGCAGCAGAGUGGCUCAAGAUUGCAUCGUGCUACUCAGGACUGUAAAAUUCAGCUGAGAAAGCGCUUCAUUUUCCACUUGACAUUCUGGACCCCAGUUGGCCUCAAACCUCCGAGCAGAACCUUGGGUAAGGCAGGACUACUGUAACCCUGCCACAUCUUCCCACUAGGUGCGCUCACAUUGGUGCUCAUUCUCGUUGGCGCUUCUCUCCACCCUCCUGCUUCGGAAGAUUCCAUUACUGUAUUUCCACAGCCUUUGAAACACAAGUCAUUUAUUGUGGCAUUUAACAUCAGGCAUCCGACCGAGCCUUCGAAAAUAUAGCUCAAAAGAAA